GUCUCUUUCUUUGGGGCAAGCUCGUGGAUGUUGCCUCUAAUCAGCGAAGUAGGAAGAAUGGCGGGAGGAUCUGAGAGAAAGACGAUACUGGUGGGUUUGGUUUUAGCUCUUGUUCUUGGUGUCGCUGUUUACUUAAGGCUUUGGACUAUCGAUUAUACUCUAUCUUCCGAUGACACAGAACGCUUAAGGAGACAGUUUGAUUUGGCAAAUAGAGAGGCAAUGGAUGAAUCUGCAGAAUGGCGGAGAAUGUUUGAUAAGGAAGCUGAGAAAGCUUCGAAAUGUAACACAGAACUAGCACUGAUCAAAGAGUCAUCUGGGAAUGGAAACACUUCCAAUCAAAAGCUGGAGUCAUUACAAAAGGAAAAUGCGGCAUUGCUCAUUCAAAUAGAGACAUUAAAACAAGAGCUUGAAGCUUCACGGUUAAAGUGCCACUCACGACAGUCACCCCGUUAGAAUACUGUUUUUGAUAUGUUGUCAGUGAUAGAUUUAGUCCUUUACUGGUAAGAAUAUCCCGGAUUGGCGGAUUGUCAUAUACAUUAUAUAGGCUCUAUCAUGGAAAUAGCUUUUCAGAAACACCAACCACACAAUCUUGUAUUGAUAAAUCAAUUUAGAAUUCAGUU